AUGGCGCAGGUACAAAUCAUCGGCACCAAGGGCUCCGCCGACGACGUUUUGCUCGGUGCGGACAAGUCUGAGUGUAGCUGCGGAGGGAACCGCAAGAUGUUGUCGAACCACUGGACAGUGCCGGCGUUUGUGCUCCCAUCGCAAAUGCCGACCACGAUCCCCAAGUCAACGCUCGCGGCCAAGGAUAGAAGCCGUAAGAAGUCUCGUCAGUCGAUGUCGAGCGACUCUUUCAGGCCCGAACGCACGCCGGAUCGAGAAAUGUCGACAGAGGACCAACACACCGGGAUGGGCGUGCUGCUCGACGCUCUCACUUCUGUCGGCGGAAUCCCAGCUUCUCCGGCACCGAAGAGCCGCGCGCGGCCGGUGGCGCCGGUGAUGUCUCCGGUUCGCCCAGUUCGGGGAAUCCGUCAGGUAGAGCUUGAUCUCGGAGCGAUCAACCCGGACACGUUGGCCGCACAGGAACAGAUCGUUCAAGCCACAGCGCACAGCAUCAAUCAGAUUCCGGAUGAGAAUCUCAGAAAGGAACUCCACAGUGCCAUCGCACGAUCCUGUGAGUUACACAUGACGGCUUCUGCGGCUCAAAUGGCUCAGCGAAAGGCGGAGAGAGAGGCGGAGGAGCAGAAAUUGCUCGUCCACAGACUCGAAGAGCUUUUGGAGAAAUCGGAAGCCGCAUCGCAGCAAGCUCAAAUCCAAAUCUCAAAGACGACGGACGACAGUAUUUAUGGGCCGAUCGCGAGCAAUGAGAACGAUCGCGUCAUUCAAGGUAGCGCCCUUCUCGCGCACAAACUGAUCGCCAUGCAGCAAAACGUGGCAACAAUCGCCGCUCGUUGUGAGCUCAUGCUCGAUCAAACCGCGCCCCGUUCCACGGUCGAAGAGCUCCUUCGUACCGAAAUGAAGGCUCACUUACAAACGACGCAAGCGUUGUUGCGCGCUGAAACCAGUCUCGCUGCGUAUGCCGCCGCUGAGGCCACAUGCGACGAAGAGAUUUGGCGCACUCAAUACGUCCAAGCAGCGCAGCGCAACUUGGAGCAAGCGGCGUACCAAGCUCAGAACUCCACGGCGGCGGAGACGCGAGCGGUGCCCACUCCCGCUGAUGAUCAGUUUUCCAUUCCACCGCCGGCACCUGUACUCGCGGCGUCGCGGCCAGUCGCUGGGCCAGAGCCGCUUAUGAAGAUCAGCGCGGAUACACCGAUGACGACGAUGAAAGCACCUCGAAGCGUCAAGUCCAUCGCCAUCAUGGCCGACGCCAAUGCGACAGCGAACAUGGAUGGUUUACCACCGAAGACGCCGAUCGGUGGAUCGGCAAGACCAAAGCGACUUGCAUUUGUCUCUCCGCCAUAG